UCACGAGGCGGAAAUGGGACCUCGGAAAAUUAUGAACAAAAAUAUCAGCAACAAGUUAAUCGUGGUCGAAGAGUAGAGGAGGGGUUCAGUAUUAAAAUCGACGCUAAGCUUUAGUUCACAAAAUAACAAACGGAAAACUUCGUCUUCAUAAUCGUUGAUGGAUCGAUGCUUGCUCGGAUCUCUUAAUGGUUUCGGUUGCACAGCAAAUUAAAUGCUGCUGUCCUCCCACGCACGUUUGCAGCAGCCCAACUUAAUCGCGGUGUACGUUUACUGGAGAGAAAAAAAAAAAAAGUACAAACACAUGUGGUCUUUCAUUAUUGGUAUCGAUCGUUUUUGAUUGAUCGCCUAAGUCGACUUUUAAUUUUUAAUUUUUUUUUUUUUACAAGUGGAUAGAUUAAUAUGAGCUGGUUUUAAAAUGUAGCCGUCUGGGGUAUGUGAUAUUGAAAAACAACAAGAAAAAAAAACGAAACAACAAGGAAAAUGCAAAGAAAAAAAGGGAAGUGAUCUCAGAGCGAGUUUAAUUUCCUGUUCUUAGUUAAAGACAGUGGUUUUUUUUUCUAUUUCGUUUGGACGUUAUCACUGUACGUGUAGAAUAGAGUAGCGCUGUACCAGAAUGAAUAGUUACCCGUGUUCUUUCACGUCUUGCGAUUGCAGCUCGAACGACUAGCGAUGGACUGUUCGGUCACUCUGUGGCAGUUCCUGGUGCAGCUCUUGCUUGACCCCCGCAAGGAGCAUCUGAUCCGCUGGACCUCAGAUGACGGCGAGUUCAAGCUGCUGCAGGCCGAGGAAGUGGCCAGGCUCUGGGGGGUGCGCAAGAACAAGCCCAGCAUGAACUACGACAAGCUGAGCCGAGCCCUGCGCUACUACUAUGACAAGGAUAUCAUCAAGAAGGUGAAUGGUCAGAAGUUUGUGUACCGCUUUGUGAGGUACCCAGAGAUCCUGAACCAAGAUCCAAGUUUAGGGUGCAGGGGGGAGGGCACUGCGGAUGGGGGUGGUGGGGCCCCUGAGCCGGACGAGGCCCCCAGGGAUAAGGAGAACCAGAGCGGGGUUGAGAAGGGAGCAGCGGGCCAGACCUCCAGCAAAACCUCCAGCCGAAACGACUACAUCCACUCAGGGCUGUACACCUCCUUCACCCUGAACUCUCUGCACGCCCACACGCAGCUCUUCAAAUCCAUCAAGGUGGAGAAUCCCAAAGAAAAGCUAGCGGAGAAGAAGCCGCAGGAGCCUCCCCAGUCUGUCAUCAAGUUUGGGACCACCCCUUCCUGCAAUUUCCCCGUCAUUGCCUUGGAGAUGAUUCCAAAAGCCCUGCCCCCUGUUCCGCAGGCUCCUCCCCCUGCAGUUAGGACAGAAGCACAAGAGCUUCAUGUCAAACGUCGGACAGACAGUAAUUGUGUGAAAGAGACUCCUCCUCCUCCCUCUGCUUCAGAUGGAGCUCCUCCCACUGUGCCAAAUGUCUCCUCCCCCUUCCCCAGCCUCGCUUCCGGCUCCUCAAGCUCUCCCUCUCCAAGUCUGGCUCCAGACUCCUCCCAGGAGCUGGUGAUUGACGACCCUGAUAUCAAAUCCGUAUCCUCCCAGCCUCCAGAGCUGCAGGUGCAGCCCUCCCAGGACACCCAGGGGUCCCCCUCGGGGAGCAGCAGCAGCAGCAGCAGCAGCGGCAGCAACCACGGCGGCAAGGCCAAGAAGCCCAAGGGUCUGGAGCUGACCCCCACCCUAGUGGUGACCAGCAGUGAACCCAGCCCGCUGAGCCUGGCCAGCCCCUCGCUCCCCACCGCCUCUCUCACCCCUGCCUUCCUGCAGACCCCCACAUUGCUGUUGACUCCAAGCCCUUUGCUCUCCAAUAUCCACUUCUGGAGCACGCUCAGUCCAGUGGCACCCCUCAGUCCUGCCAGAAGGCAAGGAGCACACACCUUAUUUCAGUUCCCCAGUGUUUUCAACAGCCACAUGCAGUUGCCUGUCCCCAAUAUGGAUGGCUCCAACACCCCCGGCCCCAUGUCCCCAGAUCCCCAGAGGACAUAGCGGACGAGCCCACGAAUCAAGUCCUCGCUCUGUCCCGUCCACGGCUCUAUCCUUACUGGUCCAGAUUUUAAACAGAAAAACAAACAAUCUCGACUUGGGGAUUCACCAAAGGGGUAUGGCCACCAAACAGGGUAACCAAAAAAAACCCAACCCCUAGCCCUGCCAAA